UGAAGAAGAAGAAGAAGAAAAAGAGCGUGAAAGUAAAACCUCAGAAGCAGCUGGAGGGUUUCUACUCUGGUUUCUUCCAAACAUCGCCGGUGUUUUGGUGUCGGUUUGGAUCAGCGCACUUAGAGAGAAUCUCUGACGUCUUUUAAGAUGGAGUUCCUCUCAAACAUCACGCUGCUCAUUCAUGAGGAUCGUGAUGGAGAUCUGGGAAGCCUGAAGGGGAUCCUGGCUCCUUACAGGGCCCAGAAAACCGGCUCCUGGUACACAGUGAGGGGAACCUUUGAAGAGCUGGACCUGCUCGUAGCCAAACUGUCUCGGCGGGAUGAACGUCGGACUUUCCAGGAGAACCGGCACUCCGUCAGCGUGUCAGAGGUCGUGAUGGACUACAUCCAGCAGAAAUGUGCAGAGAAGCUCCAGAAGAUUUCAGGUGAAUGUUUCGUCCUCGACAUCCAGCCGGACGUCCAAGUGGGCCAGAGUAGAUCCAGGUCCUCGGUUCUGGUGACGUUCAGACCACAUCGUGGAUCUUUAAAUGCUGCCGACUCAUCACGUUUGGACUUUGUGAUGCAGCGAUUCAUCACCUUCUACCAGAGAACAUUAUCUGACCUGCAGGUCACAUCCUUCCAUCUGGGUCUGGAUCGUCCAGGUCUAGACCAUCUGGUACCAGACCAUUUGUCAGAUCUAAGCAGGAAGUUUCCACGUCUCCUCUUCAGACCAGGCCAAAGCAGGAAACAAGUAACCGUCAUUGGACCUUUUCCUUACAUCACUAAACUCAGGGAAUUCCUGUGGGACCGGUCCAGCCGCGGUACGGCCGACAAGCAUCGGACCGGUGUUCCGGACGGGAAGCCGUCCCCAGAACGCGGCAAAGCCAAUGAAGAGGAAUCCUGUCCGAUCUGCAUGGAGCCCAUACAGACCAGGGAGACACUGCAGUGCCGGCAUUCCUUCUGCAGAGGAUGCCUGGCCCAGGCCUUCAGACACAAACCAGUCUGUCCCAUCUGUGGACAGGUCUACGGGGUCCUGAAGGGGGUCCAACCCGACGGGGGCACCAUGGAGGUCAGCACCAAGCGCUCCUCUCAUUACCCGGGAUACGAGAAAUACGGAACAAUAAUCAUCCAGUAUUACAUCCCAGGCGGCAUUCAGACGGACGACCAUCCAAAACCCGGGUCAGCCAUACGAAGGCGCAUCCCGGACAGCCUACCUGCCGGACUCGCUGGACGGCCGGGCGGGGUCCUGAAGCUGCUGAGGAGAGCCUUCCUCCAGAAACUGGUCUUCACCGUGGGACGGUCCACCACCAGCGGCAGGAACAACACCGUCACCUGGAACGAUGUUCACCACAAGACCUCCAUACAUGGAGGACCGUCCCAUUACGGAUACCCAGAUCCAGACUACCUGAGCCGAGUCCGAGAAGAACUGAAAGCCAAAGGAAUCGAAUAACGUGGCGUCACCGUGACUGGACCAAUCAGAGAGCAGUUUCUUCCACUGAAUUUGAGUUUAUUUUUUAUCGUUUUAAUUUAAUUCAAUGUUAUUUUAUUUUUUUCUAAUGUUUGUGUUCUAUUUGUAAGUUAAUCUUUGUUGUUGUGCUGUGACCUUAUUGGACGGGUGACGUUCCUGAUCACCCUGACUGAUCUGACCGAGGAGACGCUGGUCUGUUUGUCUCAGACUAAAUAUCAGCUGUUUUCAUUCAGAAAUGUCGUAGCGUCCAAGGACACCAUGAUUACCUACGUGCCCUGAAGGCAACAUGUGUUCUGGUCCAGGGGGAGGUUUCCAUGAGCCCACCUGGAAGCUUCAGAACCGGUUGGAUCAGAUCCGGUUUGGUCAUCUUUAUCCAUCAGGUGUUGGUUGGAACCCGUCCCUGAGACCCAGUUCUCCCGGUUUUCCCGCCGCUGGUCUCUGAGCGGAGGUGUAGCGCAUCGCCUCCUUCAGACAGAGGCUGCAGCAGGAAGUCUGACAACAUCUUUACCUGUAUUUACCUUUGUUCACAGAAACUAAUCAAUAAAUCCUGAUCGCA